AUGGUGUUCCCGCCUGAAGACUCUCUGGUUACAGACAAAAGCUUACAGAUGAUGCUGCUGCAAGUCACGGAUCUCCGCAAAGAAAUGACAGACCCAGGAGGCAGAACCAGCCACCUAGAGCAUAAGGUCAAAGAAUUCUGCGUGGCCCAUAAUGAGGUUGCGGAUAGACUGCAACAGCUGGAAGACGACCACGCUGCCCUAAAACAUAAAAUAGCAGACAUUGAAGACAGGAUGACAAGGAACAAUAUCCGCUUUAGGGGCAUGGCUGACUUGGUGUGCAACGAGGAACUACCGAAAUUCCUCUUGGCCCUAUGCAAAGCUUUGGUGCCGCACUUGGAAGACCAAGCUUUGGUGCCGCACUUGGAAGACCAUGCUUGGGCUUUCGACCAUGUGCACUGUCUGCCGAGGCCUCAACGAUUUACUGCAGAUACCCCACGAGAUACAAAAGCCCGUUUUCAUUACUUCCAGUCCAAAGAUCAGCUGUUCAAUGUCACACGGAAGCUUCCCUGCUUACCUGAACCAUACCAGGGCAUCAAUGUGUUUGCUGGCUUAUCAGCGACAACUAUGAUGAGAAGGAAGGAGUUAAUCAAUGUCACCAAGACUUUAAGGAACCAUAAGAUAUCUUACCCCACUAAGCUGCUUGUGUGGCACAAAGGCAGCACUGUACCGAUCUUAGAACUGGAGGUGGGCAUCUCCAAACUGAAGGAAUUGGGCCAUUUCCAAUCGCAGAAGUCAUCCUACCUCAGAGACUGA